UGUGGUGUCGCUUUCGAUUCUACGGUGAAAAUAGUAGUCAACUCCUCCGUGACGAUGCAGAUCAACCCGGCGGGUCGUUUAACCAAAAUAGGAAACCGUCGCUUUGGACAAUAUUACAAUCUUUCUUCUAAAUCCGGUUUCCGGUUCUCCUCUUCCAAAACAGUGAUCUCUCCAAAAUUUCCGCUGUUAAUUUGUAACCGUCUAGAGAAAAUUGGCAGUAUCAAUCUUCGGGUUUAUGCCGAGACAUUAAAACCCGUGUUUCUCUCCUUUUUGUCCAAAACUCAACAGUUUUUUGAGCGAUCCACUGUUCGUGUAAUAGAAAGGGAGAAAAUGGAGGUCAAUGGUUGUUUCAAGCGUAAUCUUCUUCUGAUGCUUACUGUAUUUGGAGUAAUGGCGAUAGUGAAAGGUCCAACUGAAGCCCUAGCUUCUAGUUCUCCUUCUGCUUUUGUCCAAAAUGUCAUCUACUCUAACAAGAUCGCCAUCUUUUCCAAAUCCUAUUGUCCGUACUGCAAGCGUGCCAAAGGCAUCUUUAAUGAACUUCAAGAACAACCAUUUGUGGUGGAGCUUGAUCUUAGAGAUGAUGGCGCUCGUAUACAAGAUGUCCUUCUAGAUCUGGUGGGUCGCAGCACAGUCCCUCAAGUGUUUGUGAAUGGGAAGCAUAUUGGUGGUUCAGAUGAUCUCCGAAAUGCUGUCGAGAGUGGGCGUUUGCAAAGUCUUCUUAAGAAAGAGUAAAGUUGUACUGAAAGUCAAGAGAUUGAAGCAUCUUUCCUGAAGUUCUGAAGCUGCAAUGCGCUCAUGGAUAGCUUAGUUAAGUUUGGUAGGUCCAGGUGUAAGCUAAAUAUUUGUAUGCUGAUAUGCUGUUUGUUUGUUUCUUAUGCUGAAAAUAUGCUAUUUGGACAAAAAACAAGGGAUCUGAAC